AUGACAAAUCGAUCCUUGUAUAGAUCAAUAGGCGGAGAUGAUCAACAUUAUUCAAGAUUUUUUAGAUUAUUUAAUAAAUUAAAUAAAUUAAGAUUUAUUUUGGUUGCUAUUUUAUUUUUUAUUUUUAUAAUUUUAUUGGGAAAUUUAAUAUUUAGAGAAAAUUUUACAGAAAAAUUCAAUAAAGAAAAUGGAAGCUCAGGUUUGAUUAUUGCAAAAAAUGGAGCAGUAGCUUCUGAAGUGGCAAAUUGUUCUCAAUUUGGUGUUGAUGUUUUAAAGGAAGGAGGAAAUGCUGUAGAUGCGGCGAUUACAAGUAUGAUUUGCGUUGGAACUGUUAAUUCAUUUUCAGCUGGAAUUGGAGGUGGAGGAUUUAUGUUAAUCAGAUUACCAAAUGGAAGCGCGGAAGUAAUAGAUUUUCGAGAGGUAGCUCCAAUUAAAUCCAAUAAAUAUAUGCUUAAUUCCGAUAAUAAGCCUGGAUUAACCAUUGGAGUUCCGUAA